AUGUUGCAAUUAAUACUUGUGGCCGCUUUAUUAUUGUUAUUGAUAUGCACGAUUAUUUGGUGGCAGCGGAAUGCCUGGUUGCUGGUGUGGCGCCUAAAUGGCUGGCAUGGUUUGGUGCAACAACCAUAUUUAUGGUUUAUACUCGUUUUCUAUUUGGAGCCAAAGAAACUCUUGCAAGCAGUUUCUCGCGUAAGACGGCAUUUCCAACGACCGCUUGGCAUCGUAUUUGGCAAUAAAACUGUAAUUUACGUUGACGAUCCCGCCACAAUGGAACAGUUUUUCAACGCGCCUGAAUGUAUAGACAAGUCGUUUUUUCAAGAGGGGUUCUGCUUGCGUCGUGGUCUUUUACACGCUAAAGGCGCUGCCUGGAAAUCUCGUCGACGUCAGCUGGACCCGGCCUUUGGUUCUAAAGUUUUACUCAGCUUCAUUGACACCUUUAAUACUGUGGGCAAUCAAUUGGUGCAUAAAUUCGAAACGGAAUUGCUUGGAGACAAUAUUCAAUUCAAUGUACUUGAUGAAAUGUUUUGCAGAGCUGUGCUCGAAGUCUCAUGUCAGACAACAAUGGGCACUGAAACCAACUUCACAGCUGCAGACACUCAAGGGAUUGCAAGAACCUAUAGCGAGCUUAUGCAUAUAUCAGCGUUGAAGGGCACGAAACCCUGGCUGCAAGUGGAUUUCAUAUUUCGUCUGCUAGAUGGCAAAAACUAUAAACACUGCAAAGAACUUAUGGAACAUUUGGAGGACUUUGUAAAAACCAUCGUACAAAAAAAGCACGCUGAGUGGAAGGCGGAAAGUCAGAACACACUCCGGAGCACAAUUUAUCCCGAUUCUAACCAUGUUGAAGCCACAGUCGAUUUUAAGAAUGCCAAGAAUAUUUCCUUAGAAAAUCCAGAACGA